AUGGAGAACUCUAUCUACGCAAACACCGAGCACCAUUCUCCCGCUGAGACGACCCCGGCAGCUACAAACAUCAUCCGCUACACUGCCGCCCAGCUCCGCGCUCUUGGAGAGAAGUGCGCCGGCAGGCCCCCACCACCCACGACGAUCUACUCGAUAUUUGCAUAUGAGUUCAUGCGCAAGACCGAGGCCGAAAAGCUGUUCCGCGGCCACAUGUUCGAUCUCGCCGGGACGCAGGAGCAAGCUUCCACCAAUGAGUCACGAUUCUGGGAGAUGGAGGAUCAGAUCGCCGGGCUGAGGAAGCAGCUGAUGUCGAAGGAUGUUGAAGACCGCCUAGCAACCUCUAAUAUGCGCUAUCACAUCCUGCAGACCAAGAACCUUCAGCAGGACAGGCGCGUGGAAGGGCACGGGAAGCGUUUGGCAGAGUUGGAGGCGAAGCUGAGUGAUGUUGCGGAGAUGAAAAUGCAGGCCGAGCUCGACACGCUCAACGCCAAAGUCACGGCCUACAAGACGGACAUCGACAUGUUGUUCCAGGAGCGCGACAGCCUCGCCGAUCAGCUCGACGAAGCCAGCAAGCGCAUUGCCAAGCUGGAGAACACCAUCCGCCUGCUGACCGUCAAGAGCUUCGUGCCGGGAGAGAUGUGGUCUGAUGAGUGA